AUUUUUAAAAGCAAGUACUCCAGGACUUUAACUCAAGUAAUAAUCUGACAGAGCAACAUUCACUUGUAUUGGAGUAAUAUUUGACAUGGAGUAUCUAUACUUUGAAUUAAGUAAUGAAGACGUGUACUUUGUCCACCACUGAACAAAUCUAAGAAAUGAUGUAAGGACUUGAAUCAUCGGCCUAAGGAGGGCAGCAAUACCCCGUUGUUCCAGCAGGGGGCUUGUACACCUCCCAUGUUCACAUAUUAACCACCAGAGAGGAAGAAAAGGAGGCAGCCUUCCGCUUUGCCUUCAGUCUGGUUACAAAACCAAAGCUGAGCUCAUAACAGUCUCUCCCGUCCAGACCUGACCCUCCACCAGGAUGGGCUUCGAACAGUUCUGCAGUCUGGACCGUUCCGAUCCGUUCUGGGACUGGAACCGUACGUGGCACACCUCUAACCCAGACCUCACCCAGUGUUUCCAGAACACCGUACUGGUGGGGCUGCCAUGCCUUUACCUCUGGUUGUCAGCUCCCAUCUACCUCAUCUACCUCCGCAGCCAUGAUCGAGGCUACAUCUGCAUGAGCCACCUUAACAAGGCCAAAACUGCGGUCGGCGUCCUCCUGUGGAUUAUCUGCUGGUCAGAUGUAUUUUAUUCUUUCUGGGAAAGAAGUCACGGCAGCAGCGUUCCUCCGCCGGUGCUCCUCGUCAGCCCGACUGUCCUGGGCCUGACCAUGCUGCUGGCCACAUUUUUAAUCCAGUAUGAGCGGAUGAAAGGGGUCCAGUCGUCUGGGAUGAUGCUGAUCUUCUGGUUGCUGGCUCUGCUGUGUGCCACCAUCACCUUCAGGUCCAAGAUCCUGCAGGCGCUGGACCAGCUGUCGUCAGUCAGCGUGUGGAGGUUCACCACCUUCUACAUCUACUACGCUCUGCUGCUGGUGGCCCUGAUCUUGUCCUGUCUGUCUGACCAGCCGCCCCUCUUUUCCCAGGCCAUCAAAGACCAGAAUCCAUGUCCGGAGCCUGGAGCUUCCUUCCUCUCCAGAGUCACCUUCUGGUGGAUCACCAAAAUGAUGGUGAUAGGAUACCGGCGCCCCCUGGAGGAGAAGGAUCUGUGGUCUCUAAACCCUGAGGACCGCUCACACCUCGUCGUUCCACAGCUUGUGACCCGCUGGAACAACGAGUGCCAGAAAGUCAAGAGGACGGAGCAGAAGAUGUUGUACUCUCCCAAACGAGUCCCUCAUGCGGAGAACAAAGAGGGACGACCUGUGGAGGAGUCCGAGAUCCUCAUCGUGAAGAACCCUCAGAAAAUGAAGGAGCCCUCCCUGCUGUGGGCCCUGUGCCUCACCUUUGGCCCUUACUUCCUCAUCUCCUGUCUGUAUAAGAUCAUCCAAGACAUCCUCAUGUUCGUUGGGCCCGAGAUCCUGAGACUGCUCAUCCGCUUCGUCAACGACUCCAGCGCCCCCUCCUGGCAGGGAUUCUUCUACACGGCUCUGCUCUUUGUGUGUACCUGCGUGCAGUCGCUUAUCCUGCAGAGAUACUUCCACGUCUGCUUUGUGUCAGGCAUGCGUCUGCGCUCUGCCAUCAUCGGAGCCGUGUAUAGAAAGGCGUUGGUGAUCAGCAGUGCGGCUCGUCGUACCUCCACAGUUGGAGAGAUUGUGAACCUGAUGUCUGUGGACGCUCAGCGCUUCAUGGACCUCAUCACCUACAUCAACAUGAUUUGGUCCGCCCCCCUACAGGUGGUGCUUGCCCUCUACUUCCUGUGGCAGAACCUGGGCCCGUCAGUUCUGGCCGGAGUCGCUGUGAUGGUCCUUAUGGUCCCAAUUAACGCUGUUAUCGCCAUGAAGACCAAAACCUACCAGGUGGCUCAGAUGAAGAGCAAAGACAGCCGCAUUAAGCUGAUGAACGAGAUGCUGAAUGGUAUAAAGGUGUUGAAGCUGUACGCCUGGGAGCUCGCCUUCAGGGACAAAGUGUCGGAGAUCAGAGAGAGCGAGCUCAAGGUCCUGAAGAAGGCUGCAUACCUGGGAGCCAUGUCCACCUUCACCUGGGUCUGCGCACCUUUCCUGGUCGCUCUCUCCACGUUCUCUGUCUAUGUGCUGAUCGAUGAAAAAAACAUCCUUGAUGCUCAGAAGGCGUUCGUGUCUCUGGCGCUCUUCAACAUCCUGCGUUUCCCACUCAACAUGCUGCCCAUGGUCAUCAGCAGUAUGGUGCAGGCCAGCGUGUCUUUGCAGCGUCUCAGAGUGUUCCUGUCUCACGAGGAGCUGCAGGAGGACAGUGUUGAUCACAAAGCAGUAGCAGACUCCCUAAACAGCAUCGCCAUGGAGGAUGCAGUUUUCAGCUGGUCUCGAAGUGAAUCACCAACUCUGAAAAAGCUCAAUGUGUGUAUCCCAGAAUGCUCUCUGGUGGCCGUGGUGGGACACGUGGGCUCAGGGAAGUCCUCGCUGCUCUCCGCCCUGCUGGGAGAGAUGGACAAACUGGAAGGAAGUGUGUCUGUGAAGGGUUCUGUGGCGUAUGUUCCCCAGCAGGCCUGGAUCCAGAACUCCACGCUAAAAGACAACAUCAUGUUCGGUCAGGAGAGGAGAGAGGCCUGGUAUCAGGAGGUAGUGGAGGGGUGUGCGCUCCGACCCGACCUGGAGAUACUCCCAGCUGGAGACGAGACAGAGAUCGGAGAGAAGGGGGUGAAUCUGUCCGGAGGUCAGAAGCAGAGAGUUAGUCUGGCCCGCGCUGUCUACUGUGACCGAUCCAUCUACCUGCUAGAUGACCCGCUGUCCGCCGUGGACGCUCACGUAGGAAAACACAUCUUCGAUCAGGUGAUCGGCCCGCAGGGACUCCUGAAGGACAAGACUCGUGUGCUGGUCACGCACGGCCUGGGUUACCUGCCUCAGGUGGACCUGAUCCUGGUGAUGGUGGAGGGUCAGAUCACAGAGAUGGGCUCCUACCAGCAGCUCAUGGACACAGAUGGAGCCUUCGCUGAAUUUUUGCGGACGUACUCAGCUGGUGAACACACCGAGGACGACGAACACGUAGAAUCUACCCCAAAGACUGGAACCAAAGCUCUGGAGAACGGCAGCGUGACUGCUCUUGUUGGCAGCCCGACUCUCAGCACCUCAUCCAAACAAACAGAGAAAGAGGAGCAGUCGCUGAACAAGACGGCGAAGAACCCUGAGGUGGGAAAGCUGACGGAGAAAGACAAAGCGAGCACGGGACGGGUGAAGCUGGCUGUGUUCUGGACUUACCUGAAAGCUAUCGGAAUCAUCCUGUCCAUCAUCAGCUUGAUCCUCUUCCUCGUACAUCACCUCGUCUCCCUCUUUUCUAACUACUGGCUGAGUCUGUGGACGGACGACCCCGUGAUCAACGGCACGCAGCCCAACAGGCUGAUGAGGCUGGGGGUGUACGGGGGGCUCGGACUGUCUCAGGGUAUUGCAGUGUUUGGGUAUUCCCUCGCCAUGUCCAUCGGGGGCAUCCUGGCCUCUCGCUUCCUCCAUCAGUCCAUGCUGUAUGACGUCCUUCGGUCCCCCAUGGCCUUCUUCGAGCGAACACCGAGCGGGAACCUGGUGAACCGCUUUGCCAAAGAGAUGGACACCAUCGAUGCGACGAUCCCCAGCAUCCUCAAGAUGUUCAUGGGCUCCAUGUUCAACGUGGUGGGCUCGUGUGUCAUCAUCCUGAUCGCCACGCCGCUGGUCGCCAUCAUCAUCCCUGUGCUUGGCCUGCUCUACUUCUUUGUGCAGAGGUUUUAUGUAGCAUCAUCCCGUCAGCUGAAGCGUCUGGAGUCGGUCAGCCGUUCUCCGAUCUACACGCACUUUAAUGAGACUCUGCUGGGAACCUCUGUCAUCAGAGCCUUUGGUGAACAGAAGCGCUUCAUCCGAGAGAGCGACCAGAAAGUGGACCACAACCAGAAGGCGUACUUCCCCAGCAUCGUAGCCAAUAGGUGGCUGGCGAUCCGUCUGGAGUUUGUAGGAAACGUCAUCGUGUCGUCUGCUGCUCUGUUUGCUGUCAUCGCCAGAGAGAGUUUAAGUCCAGGCAUCAUGGGACUGUCCAUCUCCUACGCCCUGCAGCUAACGGCGUCUCUGACCUGGCUUGUGAGGAUGUCGUCAGACGUGGAGACAAACAUUGUGGCCGUGGAGAGAGUGAAAGAGUACAGCGAAACAGAGAAAGAGGCGGAGUGGAAGCUGGAGUCGUCCUCUCUCCCUGCAGGGUGGCCCACUAAGGGCUGCAUCGAAAUCCGAGGUUUCAGUCUGAGGUACCGACAGGACCUAGACCCGGCCAUCCGCAACAUCAGCAUCAACAUCCAGGGAGGAGAGAAGGUGGGCAUUGUGGGUCGCACCGGAGCGGGGAAGUCGUCUCUGACACUCGGCUUGUUUAGGAUCAUCGAGGCAGCAGAGGGACAGAUCCUCAUCGACGGUGUGGACAUCUCCACGCUGGGCCUCCAUGAGCUGCGGUCCAGAAUCACCAUCAUACCACAGGACCCAGUCCUGUUUUCAGGCUCCCUGAGGAUGAACCUGGACCCAUUUGACAGUUACUCUGACGAGGAGGUGUGGAGAGCUCUGGAGUUCUCGCAUCUUAAAAGCUUUGUAUCUGGUCUGCCCGACAAACUGAACCACGAGUGCAGCGAGGGAGGAGAGAACCUCAGUGUGGGUCAGAGGCAACUGCUGUGUUUAGCUCGAGCUCUGCUGAGGAAGACGAAGAUCCUGGUCCUGGACGAGGCCACAGCAGCUGUGGACAUGGAGACAGACAACUUGAUCCAGUCCACCAUCCGGUCUCAGUUUGAAGACUCAACCGUCCUGACCAUUGCUCACCGCCUCAACACCAUCAUGGACUACACCAGGGUCCUUGUUUUGGAUAAAGGAGAGAUGGCAGAGUUCGACUCCCCCUCUAACCUCACCGCUCAGAAAGGAGCCUUCUAUAAGAUGGCCAAGGAUGCUGGGCUGGUCUGAACGGUUGGAGGUGCUCACCGGUCCUCACCUGGUCCAGCUGCUCCACUGAGCCCCCUCCAGCUCCUCCGGCCCCCUGCCAAGGAGGUCCAGAGUCAGAGAGCGAGAAGGGGAGGGAGUAGAUUCAAAAUAGAGUGCCUGACAGUUUAAUGAGGGGUGCUGAAGAGAACUCAGGGUCUGGUCCAACCAGCUCUGCUCUCCUUUUUUACACAACACCGCAACUCGCUGUUAGCCUGGAUCAUGCCUAUGUACUUCCUGUAACUGACGUUGUUUUUACAUCUUUUCACUGCCAUUCCUCCUGAGAGAGGGGCAGCAUGUUCAGACUUUUACUUUGACAGAGGAUUGUACUUGUGCUUGAGUUUUUAUUGUCUUAGGACAGAAUUGCUGCAGUCUGUCUCUUACAGAGUUCACAGCUGACCUGUAAGUUUAAACCAUGUAGUGCCAAAUAUGCCGUAAAAAGAUAUAUUAGAGGGACUGCUGAAAUGGGCAGAGCAUCAGAGCAUCAUCAUUAUGAUCAGGAGGUGGCGGUGUUAGCAGCUCAUUGCUCGAAAACAUGAGGUACGCUGUUGAUGUCACAGACCAAACACAUAAAUCUGACAAAAGCUAAAAAGCGCACAAAAUGUGGGAGCAGCUUCACUUGUAUCCACUGGACUGUUACUUCAAAUGCAACGCUGAUUGUUUAUUUAUUGUUUUUUUGUGUCCAGCUUUAAGUUAAUGAGGCUGUACUCUAUAAUAAAGGUUGUUUAUUAGGUCAAGAGGUACUGAAUGUGCACUAGAUGCACGUUAUGAUCUCUCCUGGUUCAUUUUUUUUAAUGUACUCAGUGCAUAUCUGUGGAUCAGUUACAGGUAAAAAGUGAAACUACACACAAAAAAUGACAAGUUAAAAAAAUGUUCUCAAAGUCUCUGACCACUGUCUUUGUUGUUAAACUUAUUUGUAUUGCUGUGUGUAAGUGUGUUUUAUUUUAAGUAAAUAAAGGUAUUUUGAGUAUAAA